UUGAAAUUAAAAAUUAAUUUUAAAAACAUUAUAAUUAUAUAUCCCUAGUAGCAAAAAACAUUGGCGCAAUAUUUAAAAGUAAUGUAAAAAUAAUAUUCCCAAUAUUGGUCCAAUAUUGUAAAGUGACUGCUUUAUCUUAUUUAACCAAUUUGCUAAGUAGUAAUAUUGGUUCAGUAUUGAGCCAAUAUUGAGCCAAUGGAUUUUUUAUUUUGAACAUGAAUUGCAUUUUAAUUUGAAACCAAUAUUUUAUGAUCAAUAUUGGUGUUACAAUGGGAAACAUUGAAAAAACAUUGGCCAAUGCAUUUCCAAUAUAACUAAUAUUUAGCCAAUAUACUGUCAAUGUACCUUGCUAGGAAUACACACAUAUAAAAUUAAAAAAUCAUAAAUUUUUAUAUCAUAUAACAAUAUUAGUACAUUAAUUCUUCCGGCCGGUAUACAGUUAAACAUAUCAAUGGAUUAAGUAGAUUGCCUAACGGUUUGCAUCGGAUUUUAGUGAUGAAUAUAAUUUUUUAAUUAAUUUAAUUCUUCUAAUCUAAACAAUUUCAUAUAAAUUGCACCGACAGGUUUCAUCAGACUUGCAACACAGUUACUAAGCUAAAUAUUCAUGUUUAAGAGCAUCUUAAAAUCCCUCUUACCCCGAAAAACUGUAAAUAAAUUUAUUGGGAAAAAUAAUACCUCAGGCGGGAUUCAAACCCGGAUCUUUUAUCAUUCCGUAAAGGCGUUUCAGCCAAUUCGACCACCGAGGCAUGUGGUAUUAUUUUUCACAAUAACCAUCAGUACAUCUUAAAGAAUAUCUUUUCAGGCGGCGUAUAUAUAACAUAUAUAACAUAUUACAAUAUUAGUAUAUUAAUUCUUAAUUCUUUUUUGGGGUAAAAGAGAUUUUAAGAUGCUCUUGACUAUCGAUAUUUAACUUAAUAACUGAAUAAUUACCGAUUAUAUUUAUUAUUUAACUUUUAACUUUUUAACAAGUUGGUCAAUCUCAUGCAUGGAUUUGAUGAUUGAACUUUGGUUAGCGACAGCUUAUGUUAUUGGACAUCAGAUUUACAUGUUCGUCGUAUCUUUAUUAGGACAACUGACAGUAAACCAUGCUGAAGAGUUAUUUAACGCAAUCUACAUGUCACUAUGGUACAAAGCACCAGUAACAAUACAAAAAUUGUUAUUGUUUAUAAUGCAAGUCUCCUCAAAAAAUAUUGUACUAAGUCUUGGCGGUGUAUUUGGUGUAGCAAUGGAAGGCUUUGGAACGGUAAGCAAUUAAAGAAUGCGAAAUCAAUCUCUUACAGAAAUUAUAGUAAUAACUUGGAUCCACGUAUUGUGGAACUGUGCGGAAAUAAUUUUGAAUUUAUUUCAUUCUUUCUAGUAAACACAAUAGAAAUCUA